CCGCCGCAACCGAUCGAGCCGAUCGCCCCUCCCCGCCCGCCCCCCGCCGCGCCACCAGCGAAACCCUAGCUCCGCCUCCUCAGCCAUGGCCACCGUCUCGCUCACGCCACAGGUGGUCUUCUCCACCGAGUCGGGCGGCGCCCUCUCCUCCGCCACCAUCCUCCGCUUCCCGCCAAACUUCGUGCGCCAGCUCAGCACCAAGGCCCGCCGCAACUGCAGCAACAUCGGCGUCGCGCAGAUCGUCGCCGCCGCGUGGUCGGACCGCCCCGCCGCCCGCCCCAACUCCGGCGGCGGCGGCGGCGGCCGCGCCCGCGGCGUGGCCUCCUCCCACGCCGCGGCCGCAUCGGCCGCCGCCGUCGCCGCCUCCGCGGCGGCGGAGGUCAGCGCAAUCCCCAACGCUAAGGUUGCGCAGCCAUCCGCCGUCGUACAGGCCGAGCGUAAACUGCUCGGCUCCGACGCCAGCCUUGCCGUCCACGCGGGCGAGAGGCUGGGAAGAAGGAUCGCCACGGAUGCGAUCACCACGCCAGUAGUGAACACGUCGGCCUACUGGUUCAACAACUCGCAAGAGCUAAUCGACUUCAAGGAGGGGAGGCAUGCUAGCUUCGAGUAUGGGAGGUAUGGGAACCCGACCACAGAGGCAUUGGAGAAAAAGAUGAGCGCACUGGAGAAAGCUGAGUCCACUGUGUUUGUGGCGUCGGGGAUGUAUGCAGCUGUGGCUAUGCUCAGCGCACUUGUCCCAGCUGGUGGGCACAUUGUGACCACCACUGAUUGCUACCGCAAGACAAGAAUUUACAUGGAAAACGAGCUCCCUAAGAGGGGAGUUUCGAUGACUGUUAUUAGGCCUGCUGACAUGGAUGCUCUCCAAAAUGCAUUGGAUAAUAAUAAUGUAUCUCUUUUCUUCACCGAGACUCCUACGAAUCCAUUUCUCAGAUGCAUUGAUGUUGAGCUUGUCGCGAACAUGUGCCAUAGCAAGGGAGCUCUGCUUUGUAUUGACAGUACUUUUGCCUCCCCUAUCAAUCAGAAGGCACUAACUUUAGGUGCUGACCUAGUUAUUCAUUCUGCAACAAAGUACAUUGCUGGACACAAUGACGUCAUUGGUGGAUGUGUCAGUGGCAGAGAUGAGUUAGUUUCCAAAGUUCGCAUUUAUCACCAUGUAGUUGGUGGCGUUCUGAACCCAAAUGCUGCCUACCUGAUCCUUCGGGGCAUGAAGACACUGCAUCUCCGUGUGCAAUGCCAGAAUAACACUGCUAUGCGGAUGGCCCAAUUUUUAGAGGAACAUCCGAAGAUUGCACGUGUCUACUAUCCUGGCUUGCCAAGUCACCCUGAACAUCACAUUGCCAAGACCCAAAUGACUGGCUUUGGUGGUGUUGUCAGUUUUGAGGUUGCUGGAGAUUUUGAUGGUACAAGGCGAUUCAUUGAUUCUGUUAAGAUACCCUAUCAUGCCCCUUCUUUUGGAGGCUGUGAGAGCAUUAUUGAUCAGCCAGCCAUUAUGUCUUACUGGGAUUCAAAGGAGCAAAGGGACAUCUAUGGCAUCAAGGACAACCUGAUCAGGUUCAGCAUUGGAGUGGAGGAUUUCGAGGAUCUGAAGAAUGAUCUUGUCCAGGCCCUUGAGAAGGUCUAAGCACUUGAUUGUUCACAUCAAUAAAAUAUAUCAGUUCAUGGUUGCCCUGUAUUUCAUAGAGAUCAGUGAGAAUAUUUGAGCCGAUGACUGCCAAUAAUUUUUCUCCUUUUGCUUAAUUUAUUCUUUCGUUGCAAUAAUUUGAGCUCUCUGUAGUCUCGUGGUUGUCGCAAGAUGCAGUGUUGAACUUGGUUCUUGUCAAAUUUCAGUUCAUUGGCCCCAUAUACAUGUAGGUUUGCUUUAGUCAUGUGAUAUGGAGGUUGUACUA